AUCUCCUUUUGCAAAAGGAGAAAUGGGAUUUUAGUAUUUGAUUAAAAUUUGCAUGUGGGGUUGAAAAGAGAAAGAAUAGGGAGUUGGAGUCCCAGUCCCAGUCCCAACCUCCGCUCUGCUCUCUCUUCUCUUCCUCUCAAACAACACAAACCCUUAUUGAAUCCUCCGCCUCCAUAAUCUCAACCCCUCCUUUUUCAGAUUCUCUCACCAUAACACAUCUCGUUUAUUAUACUCCCCGAUUUCUAUUUUCUCCCUUUUUCCUCAAUAUUCUUUCGAUAUAGAAACAUUUUUCCUAAUAUUCUUCUCACCUACCCUAUUCUCAAGAAUGGAGCUUUUGCCCCAAAUCAAAUCUUUUGCUCCUUCACCGUUGCCAUAUUGCCUCGAAACAUAAAAUUUCUCAAGUCCGGGUUGUUUUGAAUUUAUCAAAAACAGGAGAGGGGGAGAGACCGAUUAAGAACAGAGAAAUCAAGUACACACUGAUACAAGGUUUUGGUUUUUGAGGUUUAUACACUCUGGAAUUAUGGGUAAGAGCGUCAAAAUGCAGUCUUUGGAGUUUAAGAACGAGGGUUUUUUAUCAAAUUCUCAUCUGGGCCUCCACUGGAAUCUCCAAGAUUGCAACUUUUACCCGGCCGGUGGCUUGUUUGCGUCUGUGAGUCAGAUGGGAAACAACGAAAACGGCGGUUUCAAAUUGCCAUGUGCAGAUUUGCUUGUGAAGUAUGUUUCAUUGCCCGAGGGGUUUAAGAUUUUAGGUAUGACGGAGGAGGAAAAGGGGUUGGUGAAUAAGAAGAAAAGUGGGCUUAGGCUUAAGAUUAAGAUCUCAAAUCCCUCUUUGAGGAGGUUAAUUAGCGGCGGAAUAGCUGGUGCGGUUUCGAGGACUGCCGUGGCUCCACUGGAGACAAUUAGGACCCAUUUGAUGGUGGGUAGCAGUGGUCAUUCCUCUACGGAGGUCUUCCACAAUAUCAUGAAAACUGAGGGAUGGAAGGGAUUGUUUAGGGGGAAUUUCGUUAAUGUGAUUCGGGUUGCGCCUAGCAAAGCCAUAGAGUUAUUUGUUUACGACACUGUCAACAAGAAUUUGUCACCCAAGCUUGGUGAACAAUCCAGAUUGCCCGUUCCUCCUUCAUUGGUUGCUGGAGCUUGUGCUGGAGUCAGCUCAACUUUGGUUACAUACCCCCUUGAACUAGUCAAGACUCGACUAACCAUCCAGAGAGACGUUUAUAAUGGUUUGCUUGAUGCUUUUGUGAAAAUAUUGCAAGAGGGUGGGGUAGGGGAGCUCUACAGAGGUCUUACUCCUAGUCUUAUUGGAGUAAUUCCAUAUGCUGCAGCCAACUAUUGUGCAUAUGACACUUUGCGGAAAGUCUACAGGAAAAUUUUCAAGCAGGAAAGGAUUGGCAAUAUAGAAACCCUCUUGAUUGGAUCUGCAGCUGGUGCUAUUUCUAGCACUGCAACAUUUCCUCUAGAGGUGGCUCGUAAACACAUGCAGGUUGGGGCCGUCAGUGGAAGGCAAGUUUACAACAAUGUGCUUCACGCCCUUGCAAGCAUACUCGAACAAGAAGGAAUCCAGGGUUUGUACAAAGGGCUAGGCCCAAGCUGUUUGAAGUUGGUUCCUGCUGCCGGUAUAUCUUUCAUGUGUUAUGAGGCCUGCAAGAGAAUCUUGGUAGAGAAAGAAGAAGAUGCAUGAACGAAUCUGUUGACAAUAAAAGAAGGCAUGGUUUCAGAAUCCACUAUAGACAGACAUAGAUCGAAGAUACAAUACAAAUUUUUUGCGUUGACCACGCAAGUGUUGCAUUUUUUUCCCCAUUUGGAAGUUUUGCAUGGGUUUUUGGCCAAGUCUGAAGUUUUAGAUGAGAACUGAUAUAUGUUAUUUUAUUCAAAAGGUUUCUUCAAUGCCGGCGGUUUUCAGA